AUGGUAGCCUUCAUAAAACAGGAAGCCCUCGAGAAAGCCCGUGAGAUCAGCAUAAAAGCCGACGAGGAGUUCGCCAUCGAAAAGUCCAAACUGGUCCGCACGGAGACGCUAGCGAUAGACGCUCAGUACGAACGCAAGUUCAAGCAGGCCGAACUGUCGCAGCAAAUCGCGCGCUCAAACGUCAUGAACAAGACGCGGCUUAAGGUGCUCGCUGCGAGGCAGCAGCUCUUGGACGACAUCUUUGAUAAAGCCCGCGAGAGGUUGGUGGACAUUAACAAGGAUGAGGGGAGGUACGAAGAGGUAUUGAAGAAUCUGGUGUUGGAGUGUGUGUAUGCGCUUGAUGAGAGGAGAGUUAGCAUUCGUGUCAGGGAGAAGGAUGUAGGGGUUGUCAAGCGCGCGGUGGAGAAGGCCAAGGGGGAGUAUAAAGGGGAGUUGCAGGUGGAGAUUGCAGAGGGGAAUUGGUUGCCGGCUGAGGGCUACGGCGGGAUCUACAUGAUCAGUGGCAGCGGAAAAAUCUCCAUCAACAACACUCUAGAAGAACGCCUCAAGCUUCUGGAAGCAGAAGCUCUACCAGCCGUCCGUGCCAGCAUCUUUGGACAAAACCCCAAUCGCAAGUUCUACGAUUGAUUGAUUGGCUGGCUUCGUUAACCUCCUUCAUACUAACCGUGGAUAUGCAUGUUUUCACUUUUACUCCAUUACUUUUCAGGGGGAAAACCUGUGAUUAUGCUUUUCCCGCUUCUUCCCUU